UUAUAUAGAUUAAUUGGACGCUUAACGUUAGACCCCACUGCAGCAAACAUCUUGAGACAUUAAGAAGCAGUACAGUUUAUUAGACAGAGCUGCAAUGAAAAGUUCGUCUCUGACAUCUGCACUGAAUAGAGCUCACCAGUAUGUUUAUACAAUUCUUUAGUUGUAUAGCUCUUGCAGCAGUGACAAUUAGCCAGCCCAUCCAGGUUGACGAGGAGGGCCUAAGGUUAGAUAAUUUCUUGAACCCGAGUUUAGUUGAAGACAAUGUUCUUCCAGAAAACCAUCCUCUAGCCUCGUUAGUGCUUACUGAUGAUUUUGAAGAAAAAGUUGCGCAAUUUGUAUCCAAUCGGUACCCGGAGGAGGAGAGAGAAUAUCAAACCGAGCGACUUCUUCAAACCUUACAAAAUAUUAGAGAACAAAUUCUUCAAGAAAUGAACUGGAGGGAGAAUGAACGGGACCGCAGAGUUCGGAUGCUAUAAUAAAUUUGAAUCUUGUUGGACUCUUCUCAAUCCUCAUUCCUCAACCAGUAUUAUUCAUUACAACCAAACACAACUUGACUUUAAGGAUUUUUUUUUAAAUGGAAUGUUUACCUAUUUUAAAAUUCACAUAAUAACCAGAUUUUUGGAGUAAAGAAUACCUAUCUUAACGCUCACAGAUAUGUCAAAAUAAAUAUCUUGUUUUUGGUAAAUACUGCUAAAAGUCAUUAUUAUGUGUAUAUUAAAAAAUGAACGAUUUCUUUAAUCUUAUUUAUAACAUUUCAUCUGUUAAUAUCAAACAUCAUUAUCACUAGAUAUUGGUACAAAAAAGGAGGAACCUCUGAUCAUCAAAGGGUUUAAAUAAUACCUAACCAUUCCUUUUUUAAGUUUAUGAACAACCCCUUUAAUUAUAUCUAAAAAAUUAAAUGUAAUUUUUCACCAUCCAAUAGUUUUCAAAUGGUAUGGACUACGUUGCUGUAAAGUCACGUUUUUCCAUUCUAACUAAAGAUCAAUAUGUUUUUUAUCAAUACACAUGUUCAGUAUUUGAUUCAAUUAGAUCAAAGAUUAAUAAAGAUAUAACUGAAAAUAA